AUGCGUCGUCUCGUCACUAACCGUCUACUAACUUUUGUACUUUUACUCCUUCUCCACAACGCAUCUUCUUCGACGGCUUCUGGCUCUGUCAAUCUGCGAGCGAAACAAUGUGUCAACUCGGGUGAGUAUUUCUUUUGAUCUACAAUAUACUUAGUAGACACACUGUUUUCCCCCACAGUGUCACUUUCAACUCGAAGCAAUACUGUUUACUCGCGCGAACAUACUCUUCUACCCUCUAAACCAAACAUUGUGCCGUAAAUACGUUCCACAGAAGGUGAGAUAAGCUGCGGAGACAACUAGGCGGGACGGGAAGGAAGUAGAAGAAGAGUGAAGUGGCAACACGACGAGAUACUGUCACUGGUAGAUCGAGGCGUAAGAUUCGCGGAUCUGAUCUACUCUUGAUUCUUCUCAAGAUUGGCGUGGCGACUUUUGACGAGGUCAGCCAUGAACACUUCUGCAAAGAACGCGUAGGCGGCUACUGCUUCUGAAACGAAGACUGCUGUCAAAUCCAUUCGGAGUAGCUUCUUCUCACACACUCGAUUAAGUAUUUAUAUUUCGGGACGAAGGGAAAAGAACAAAAAGUUGUUUGCGUCGCCGUUUCCUCUUGGAUCGUUUUUCAUCCCAUUCAUUGUGAGGGUCGGGUCACCCCAACAUGAAAGGAUCUUUGCACACGAAUUACAAGAAGCAGUCGAAUUUGGAGCAUGUGCUCUCUUUUCCCUCGCUCCACGGCUUGUGCUCAACGCUCCAUUAAUGUCCUUUCGUUGCGCAAUCAACGCCAUUUCGACUGGCCUCCGGGAGCUCCUUCUCAAUUUCCGACAUAUGGUUGUAUUGUCGGCAUCAUCCGGUUGGAGGGGGGAGGUUGGGUUCUUUGCAAACACGCCGUGUCGGCUACAUUGUUCGCGAGAAAGGCGAGCACUCUUGACGGCUAGCUCAAAAAGAAAUCUAAGCGCGCUGGCGAAGGGGGAAAUUAUGCGCGGGAUUGAUUGCGUCAUAAAAUCUUCUGAGAUGAAUAUGAAUACGAAUAUGAAGCACCUGCAUAAACACGCUGAUAUUUAUGCCCACAAUCAAUCAUUGUCUCCGUCACCACAUCGCUGUCCUAAGCUAGCUGACACCAGAUUUCUAAUAAAGUGUGAUAAAUGAAGGGCGAGGUGUCACUGUCACCUCCUCAGAAUUUCAUUUGAUUUGCAUAACUCCAUCUGCGCCCACUCAGUGUCAAUCUGUGUUCUACAUAUUGUGUGACCACAGAAGCAGGCGGUGGCGUCGAGAAAGAUGUGUCAAGAUGAGGACAAAAGGGCCAACCUAACGGAGAUCGCCAAAAACGAAGAAGUGGGUCGGCGAAAGAUCUCAAAAGCAAAACAUUUCUUACUCAUGUCAUUCACAAACUACCUGGGAAAAGUUCACAAUUCACGGAUUACCCUACUUUCUUCAUCCGUCUCGUUCAUCUCGUCACAACUUCUUCUUCAAAACUUCACUCACAUUAGUGGCAAAUGGAAGAAGAAAGUUGAACGUUUUUGCGAUGUCCGGUCUCCCCGGGGACAGGCGAUUAUUCGUGUAGAACACACGAGAAGUAUAUGAUUGCGCGAAGAAGAGUCCGUCCAUGUCAACUUUUAGUGGUCCCCCGAGGGCACGCUCACAAUCGGCACCCCUCUUGUCAUACAUAUAAUCGCGUUAUCGCUCUCAAAUCCACGCCUCGACCAAGUGCAGGCUUCCUUCCCCGAACAAACAUCUUGGAGGUGAAAAAAAUGGGACGAGAGUAGUGACCCUCAAAAGAAAUGAAAUGUGAACGGGUAAUAAGCAUGUCGUCCUUGAAUGCGAAUUCAUCGUAUUUUGCGUUCAAAGGGGGUUGCCGCCCUGUAAAGGGAUCGUUUUGGGUGUUCUACGUGUGUUUGAAAUGGGAUACCUCCCGCCGGUGAGAUCGUCUUCUUUUGGAAGAACGCACUUGAAGUGAUUGGGAAAAAGGAGGAACGGGUAUUAUGAGUUCACGAGAAAGGUAGCUACAGUAUCCGCGACUUGUCAAGUCGAUGCCAUUAGCUUCAAUUUCAAUUUCGCGUGACCUUUUCUUUUCUGAUUCGGAUGACUGCAGCUCAUUCCAUUUCCUAGAUGAAGGUCACGUGAAAAAUGCUUCCGUGUUAUUUACGAGACAAGAUUCUGUUACUAAAUCUUGAAAUUGUUUCAGUUGGCAUCGGCGACAGAUUCGGAGGGAUCGGCACGAACUCUGACGAAUCGGACCACUUCAAACUACUGGCUGCUGAUGGAGACUCGCUGCUUGUUGGAGCUAGGUAUGGUUUUUGAGAAGAACCUGUUUGGCUUGAGAAGUUACCUGUCAAACAAUUGCAAUGUCAUUCACGGUCUGUGUACGGUAGAUAAUGAUCUAGGCGCAAUGUCUCGGAAAAAACCGUUUCACAGAAAAAAGAAUUGGGGAACCUAAAUAAAAAAUUUCAGAAAUGCUGUCUACAAUCUGUCCCUCUCGACACUUUCGGUCAAUCAUGUAAGGACUUUUCUUCCCAUACUGCUCAGAUUCUCGAGAAUAGCUAUAUUUCAAUCGCAGUCUUGAGGGUCAUUCAAUCAAAUCCAAUAAUUUUCCAGAAGAUCGACUGGAAACCGCCGGCCGAGCACAUCGAAGAGUGCAUAAUGAAGGGCAAAUCGAAGACGGACUGCCAGAAUUACAUCCGAGUGCUCGCCCGGAAGAGCGCCGGCGUUUCGCUCGUCUGCGGGACUCACGCCUUCUCACCCAAAUGCCGCGAGUACACAAUAACCGAUUACGGUGUGCGGAACACGCGCCAGUUCGACGGACAGGGCAUCUCCCCCUACGACCCGCGGCACAACUCGAGUGCCUUAUACAUUCCGGAGACUAAUCAACUUUACGCCGCCACCGUCACCGACUUUGUUGGCAAUGACGCACUCAUUUAUCGGUAAGUGCAUUCGCAUUCUAAUGGAGUGUUGGCCUCUUUGUUAACUGUGUAAGUAAUUGUUGUUUAGGAAGACAAUUGAUGGCGAGAUCAAAUCUUCGAACAUUCGGACGCAAAGUUAUGACGCAAGAGUGUUGAGUGGUAAGGGACAUUCUGAACUUUCCGUAUCGAAAUUAUCCUCUUUCAGCACCCAACUUUGUCUCUUCCUUCGUCUACAAAGAGCACGUGUACUUCUGGUUCCGAGAAGUUGCCAGUGAAGCCAUUGAUAACAAUGAAGAAUCGCAGGUACACCUUAUUCAUCGGAAUUCUUCCAUUCCCGAUAGUUCGAGACUUCCAGAUCUACGCCCGAGUCGCGAGAGUCUGUAAAAACGAUAAGGGAGGAGCCCGUCCGUCGAACGAACGAUGGACGACUUAUCUGAAAGCGAGGCUCAACUGCUCACUUCCAUCCGGAUCCUCUCCGUUCUACUUCAAUGAACUAAAAGCCGUUUCGGAUCCGAUCGAUGCCGGAAACAACGAUCACGUGGUUUACACAGUGUUCUCUACACCAGAUUCUGAUGUCCGAAUGAGCGCGGUGUGCAAGUUCUCGAUGAAAAAGAUUCGGGAAGAGUUCGACACCGGAACCUUCAAACAUCAGUCGAACGCUCAGUCGAUGUGGAUGGCGUUCAAUAGAAAUGAAGUUCCGAAGCCACGACCUGGUUCGUGCACCCUUGAUUCCACAAAACUUCCGGAGAAUACCGUAUCCUUCGUUCUUCAUCAUCCGCUACUUCACCGUUCGAUCGCCGCUCUUGGCCCUCCUUUGCUCGUCGAAGGCGCCGAGAAGGCCGACUUGACCCAGAUAACAGUGUUGCCACGUGUGAAAUCAGUCAGCGGACAACACUACGACAUUCUGUUCAUUGGAACUUCCGAUGGAAAAGUGUUGAAAGUGGUGGAGGUGGAUGGAAAUGCGACCGUCAUCCAAUCCGCUUCAGUUUUCCAAAAAGGAGUGCCAAUUGUCAAUUUGUUGACGACAAAGGACAACGUCGUCAUAGUGUCUUCCGAUGAGAUCGCCUCGUUGCCAGUCCACAACUGUGCUCAACAAACUAGCUGCUCCAAAUGUGUACAGCUACAAGAUCCGCACUGUGCCUGGGAUUCCAGUAUUGCCAGGUAAACCAGUGAAAGUGCGGAAGUCGCCACUAUUACUCAGUUUUCAGAUGUGUACACGGCGGCGCCUGGACUGGCGAUCAGUUUAUUCAAAACAUGGUGUUCGGGCAAUCGGAACAAUGCCCAGAAGGCAUUGUUGUGCGAGAAGUGUUCGACGACAAUGGUAAGUGGUCACUAUUAGCCAAAUUUGCCCCAAUUAUUCCAUUUCAGACAGUGAAGCACAACCGGAAGCUGUUUCGAGAAGCAUAAAUGCCAAAGAACACUCGACAAUGACCGUGAUCCUUGUCGCCGCUGUGGCUUCGCUGAUUUCACUUAUUGUCGGAGCAUUUGUGAGAUUUCGUGGCUGCACUUGUGCUCAUUGUCAAUGCUUUUUAGAUUGGAAUCCGCAUAAAUCGCUGGGCUGUCACUUCGGAACCUCAUCGAUCGGCCAGCUCGACCAGUGGCUCAGAUUACGACAGCUUCGGACGUGCCAGACUGACGAGACAUGACUCAUUGACAACUGCAGCCAAAGUGGAUCAUGGUUUCGUGCCACAAUCGAAACAAGUGAGAUUUCAAAGAAAAUUUACGAAACUACCGUUUAUUUCAGAGUAUGGAUGCCACGUCACUGGUGAUGUCGAUGAAUGCGACGCACGCAAUGUCGAUGAGCCAGCACGGCUCCGGCAUAAACACUCCAUCGCGGGAUAAGAAUGCAAUUGUGACGUCGAUCAACCAGAACACUUUGCCGAGAGAUUACAAAGUCAAGAAGGUGUAUCUCUAG